AUGACUGCAUUUAAGCUGCAGCCGAUGCUGCUAUUACCCAUACUAGGACUUUUGGUGUCUAUUACCAGUGCAGACGAUGAUGACGAUAGCGAUAAUGUGUCUUUUCGUGGCUCCUCAUCAAGCGAAGGCAUUGUCAAUGGCAUAUCGGACUCUAUUCAAGUUGGCCCUAGCGUUGCUGCCGUCAUUGCGAUCAUCGUUGGUGCUGCUAUGACCACGUGUGGCUACAAACUUUUGCGUCCCACUAUGUUUGCUUGUGGCUUUCUCGUGGGUGGGUUUUUCGUCUCAGCCAUCGUAUUGUACAUUGUAGAUGGCAAGUCUUACGAGCGCACGGCCUUCUGGAUUGCAUUUCUCAUUGGUGGUCUCAUUGUUGGGUCUCUUGUGGUGUUCAUUUACAAUGCGGGAGUGUUUCUCAUUGGUGCAGCUGGUGGUGUUUUCUUGGCCACAAUCUUCAAUGCAUCGUUUGGUUACCAUAUGUACCCGAAUGACCCAACUACAGGAUUGCUGAUUUUGGCGAUUGUGUUCGGUAUUAUAUGUGGUCUUGUGGCAUUCAAGGUCGAACGUCUUGCGAUUAUUGCGGCCACGGCGUUGGUUGGAGCGGUUGUGCUUGUCAAUGGUGUCGGAUACUUCAUUGGAGACUUUCCACGGCUCGGGGCCAUUGACGAUUAUCGCCACAAAGAUCAAAAGGGUGACUAUGUGUACGAUAUUCCGCAAGCGUGGUGGGGUUAUCUUGCAGCAAUGUUUGUAGUGUUUGUCUUGGGUCUAUUCAUUCAGAUCAAGAAGACUGGACGCAGUUAA